AUGGCUUAUAUCAAGGUCAUAGUAGGAUUAUUUUUUACAAACAUUAUCUCUCUUUGUUAUGGUCAGUUUUUAACACCCGAUCAAUUACGUGAACAACAUGAUCUUGGUUAUGGAGCUCGAACACAUUAUGAAAUGUCCGGUGGUCGACGAACAGAUAUGUUCAAUCGUGUUAAUCCUGAUUACUUACUUCAAGGUUGUAGUUAA